UCUUGAUUCUCGUAAAUUGGGAAAUAAUAUUUUCAGUCUUUCUAAUAUGACGGACGGGAAUAUGUAUCAGGCGACGAGUUUUCCGCGCUUGCAAAUGGACCCUCGGACAGCGGCCGGUGGAGGAUUAGCACACACAAUUAUACAGACUCAGAUCAGUUCGGACGACGAGAACGAUUCCGUAAGGCUAACGCACAACGACGAUCGCGAUGAGAAGCGGAAGGAGGAAAGAAAGAACCCUAUGUCCGACAUCGGGGCGGAUAUUAUGCGGGUCAACGGAGCCAUAGGGUCGUUCAAACAGUUGCAAAAGCCAACAUCAAUGCAGUCGUUACCCACAUCGAGUAAAAUGAGCUACACGUCGGAGGACGCGGGGAUGGCAUUAGUUGGUGGUGGGGAGUUCUCCUCGGACAGAAUGUCAAAACACUUACGUCAAAAACCAAACGUCGGCUACAGACUCGGUCGUCGGAAACAAUUAUACGAGAAAAGAAAGAAAGUUUCAGACUACUGUCUGGUGUUCGGAAUGUUUGGAAUUAUCCUUAUGGUCUUAGAAACGGAGUUAACCAUGGCAGAUAUAUACACUAAGAAAUCACCGUACUCCUUACUUAUAAAGACAUUGAUAAGCAUUUCAACUGUGAUAUUACUGGGACUGAUUCUUGCAUAUCACGGCCUAGAAGUACAGCUUUUUGCUGUAGACAACUGUGUAGAAGAUUGGCGGGUGGCUAUCACGCCUCGACGUAUUGCUCAACUCACUGUAGAGGUAGUCGCGUGUGCCAUCCACCCGGUCCCAGGCGAUUUCAAGUUCACGUGGAACACGAUGCACCACGAAGGAAACCGCCUCCUCUCCAGCAUCGUCAGCAUUGAUAUUCUCCUCUCAUUGCCCAUGUUCCUGCGCCUGUAUUUAGUCGCACGUGUGAUGUUAUUACAUUCGAAAUUGUUUACGGACGCCUCAUCACGAAGCAUAGGAGCGCUAAACAGGAUAAAUUUUGACACAAAAUUUGUUUUAAAGACCUUAAUGACAAUAUGCCCCGGCACGGUGCUACUUGUAAACAUUCUUUCCUUGUGGAUUAUUGCCAGCUGGCUUCUUCGAGCGUGCGAGAGCAACCUGGACCCUGACCAGCACGCCAACAUCCUCAACUCCAUGUGGAUGAUCGCCAUCACGUUCCUCUCCAUUGGUUACGGCGACAUUGUGCCCAACACGUAUUGUGGACGAAUCGUCGCCAUAUCAACUGGCGUCAUGGGCGCUGGUUGUACGGCGCUCGUGGUGGCCGUCCUCGCCCGGAAGUUGGAAUUGAGCAAGGCCGAGAAACACGUGCACAACUUUAUGCAGGACACCCAGCUCACAAAAAAGAUGAAGAACGCUGCAGCGAAUGUGCUGCGAGAGACGUGGCUUAUCUACAAGUACACCAAGCUGGUGAAGAAGGUGAACGCGGGCAAGGUCCGCUCACACCAGCGCAAGUUCCUCCAGUCCAUACACUGUUUGCGGCGAAUCAAAAUGGACCAGAGGAAGUUGACCGAAAAUCAGAGCACAUUGGUGGACAUGGCUAAGACUGUAGGCGUUACCGGACUCAACAUCGGGCCUUCUUGCUAUAUUUCAAAACCUUUGCCCGAAUAUAAACAGACCCAGACGCACAUCGAGACGAUGGUGAGCGAGAUGACGGGCAGCCAGAGCUCGCUCGAGAAACGCGUGAACAAGAUCGAGGACAAGCUUAUCUCCAUGCAGACGCAGAUGGACAUGCUCCCCAACAUGAUCGUAGAGCGGUUGAUGGCUCGCCAGGCGAUGACGUCAUCCGCGCCCUUGGAGAGACCAAGCGAAAUACGGCCUGCGGUAGACUUCCGAAACAUGGUGCGCAUGUCACCUCCCCGUCGGAGACGGCACUUAGUGAGCCAAUCGUCCGUGCCCACCCCUUCUACACUGUCCCCGUACACCUCCCAAACAAAGACGCUGCCGGAAACAAGCACAUCACUUCCGGCAUCGCCUUCCGAGACAGACCUGCGCAACAACCAGACCUGAUGAAGUGUAACAGCGCAGUUGUGAACUCGUUAUAAGCUGUGUUGCUGGCCGAGUCAACCUCACCUACCACAACAUAUGUUCCAUCUCACGAAACUCUGUCUUUAAGCAGAAUAACACUCUACUCCCCCGUUUUCACUCAAUGAAAUAAGUUUAACAAUAACAUGUGCCUAUUUGCGAUUCUACUCUGUUUAAUUGACUUGCUACCGACGAUUAGGUGGACACUGAAGCUUGCUGGUUAUCUCAAAGAGGUGUCAGAGAGGCUUGGUGGGUAGUGAACAAAAAUACAUGAGGAGGUGGUGAACGUGUGUACAUAGUGUAAAUAAAUGAGGACAGUAAAUGACAAGCGCGUCCUAAAGCCAAAGAAUCAACUGUAUAAGUGUUUAAAACAUACAUUGUUGCAAAUGUAUGCUUUUUAUUGAAAACUACGACAUAGUGACCACUGUGUUCUGACCAUUCCCCUUGUGUGGAAUUGAUUCACAUGCCGAGUAGAAUAAAAACAAUCAUUUGUUCAUGUACAUGUCCAGUCUUUCGAUUUGUGACAUAGAGAAUACAUUUACAAAACAAAACAUCGACAUGAUGAAUCAAAUCCACAUAUUUCAGGACAACAUAUAUGACUAGUUACCUGCCGACCAGGUGGCUUACAGGUGAAGGCAAAGAUUGGUGAAGACCAGUCCAGAGGACAUGUUGCCAGUCAGCUAAAUUUCACAUUGUAAUAAUAUAAAAUGCAAAACAAGAGUGGAUUUGAAACAACGAAAGAGACAAAUUUCAUUCAAUCCUAUUUCGAAGUGUUUUUAACAUGUUGUGAUGCUGUAAAAUAUGAAUAUUAUGUUAAUUAUUUUAUAUGGUGGCCAUUAUCGUUAAAAACAAGUGACCAUAGUAUUGACUUGACAGACAAAUGCACGUGACAGUAGCCAUGUACGUUAUAGGUGAAGCUGAUGGCAAUGUACCAAUAAAUUGCUAGAAGUGUAGAGGGUUUAAAUCGCAAGAUCUACGAGUCUAUUUUCGGCGUGAUAAUGUCUGUUCUCGGUAUAUAUCGUUUGACAUCAUGAUCAAGUUUUCAAAAUAAAUGUCAUCAAAUUUUAAAAACUAAAUUACGCAUAACACCGUCUUCGUAUUUUAAAAGUCACGUGGUCCUUUUUUUGCGGUUUAAAAAGUGAGACGUUGUCUAAAUCCCUAUUGAAACUGCAAAAUAUGCGUGCCCUUCAUACUAACAAAUUGGCCUUUAGAAAACAGGACAAAUCAAGAAAUAUCCUUCACCGAUUGCAAUUGGCUUUCGCCGGUGAAUUGACUUCAGUUUAUUACUGUCAUGGAACCUGGUGUUUCCUAAAUAUGGACUUGUCUUGUUACUAUGUUGAAGUUGUUUGUCCUAUAUUUGCUCAUUGUAUUUGUGCAUUAUUUAAUCGCUCAUUUACGGAGUUGUGAUGUUGUAUUUGUUCUAACGCCAUUAAAGUGUUAGCCAUUUAA